UCUACUCCCUACUUUAUCGUCUUCACACUGGCGCGAAAAAACGCAUUGUGUGGCUACUAUUUAUCAGACUGUGGGCGGAAUCAAUUGAACCACUUUUUCACACACCCUGCUAAAAGAAAUAGCUACUGAACUUAUAAUUUGUUUAAGUACAUUUCGUUCGGCGUGAUCUCUUACGGUUUUUACCCAUUUUCUCCGAGGAGUUCCAACUACUAGUAUACCAGCUGAUACGGAGAGACUCCAGUGCCAGGAAUUGCAGUGUGAUCCUUAGAUAAAGCGGUUGUGUGAAGAUUUUCUCCAAUAUCGGAGUCGAGUGUGAUCAUCUAUGCUUGGAAUAAACUCCAGAGUAUCACGUUGUGACAGUUGGGAGAUGGAGUACGACUGCUAUCAGCACUAUUUCUUAGAUGACCUUGACAAAGAGGAGGACUUCUACAAGUCAACCGCACCAAGUGAGGACAUAUGGAAGAAGUUUGAGCUACUGCCCACCCCUCCCAUGUCCCCCACCAGGACAUUAGGUGGUAACAUGCAUGUUCCCCCGGGAGACAAGUUCGGCUGGCUGUCCAAGGUCUUGGGUCAGGAUGAGGAGUACGAGGGACCUGACACCGAAGAGCUUUUUGGGAACAUGAGUUCCAUUAUUAUCCAGGACUGCAUGUGGAGUAGUUUCUCAGCCAGUCAGCACUUGGAGAAAGUCAACGAGCGCCUGUCAGCUGCAGCCCAGGCUCGUCUCUCCCCACCAGCACCCCAGAACUUUGUGACUGUGAGCAAAGUGCAGUGCACCCUGCCGACCCCACCUGAUGCGACACUGCCAAGCACCGUGGCAGAAUGCGUUGACCCAGCGUCUGUGCUCAUCUUCCCAGCCAUCAGCUGUAGGAAACCGGCAUCAUCGGGCUCUGAGUCUCGCUCCGAUUCCUCUGAUGAUGACGAUGAGAUUGAUGUGGUGACUGUGGAAAGCAAGCAGAGCCGAGCCCGACUGUUGGGAAGCCGUAAGGCUGUGACCGUCACUGUUCGCGCUGACCCCUGCCCACAGCGUUUCCACAUGUCUGUCCACCAGCAGCAGCACAACUAUGCAGCCCCUUCCCCUGAAAGCGACCCGGAGGAGGAGGAUGAGGAACCACAGUGUAAACGGUUCUGUCCAGACUCCAGCCACCACCAGCAGCCAGACUCCCCAGCCUCCAUCUCCCCCCAAGGGUCCUCUGCAGACAGCCCCCAGAGCUCUGACACUGAGGACACUGACCGCCGGAAGAACCACAACUUCCUGGAGCGGAAGAGGCGGAACGACCUUCGCUCCCGCUUCUUGGCACUGCGGGAUGAGAUCCCGGGCCUGGUAGAGUCGGCCAAGACUCCCAAGGUGGCCAUCCUGACUCAGGCGACAGAGUACCUUCUCCAGCUGCACAGCAGAGAGAAGCACCAGGCCCAGGAGAGGAAACGCCUCAAAGCGCGCCAGCAGCAGCUCCUCCAGAGGCUAGCCACCCUCAAACGGUCCUUAGGAUAGAAACAAACUAUGCAGUGGACUCUUAAUAAAUCAAUAGCCUCAUUCUAAAAAGCCAUGGACUUUUCUCUUUAAGCAAACUGCCACUUUCAAAAGGCUAGGACAUUUCCUCAAACUCAAUGCCUCAUGCAAAAAAAGAUGCGUACGAAAUGCCUCACUCAUUAUGCUCUGGAUUAGGUGGAUCUCAGCCUGUGAACCAAUGGUGGGGAGGCUGGCGUUAAGGACACUUCUGUGUUAGUCAUGUUUUCUCAUUUUGCACAUUGAGUGAUGACAAGGCGGUAGUUGACAUGUGGUGGUGUUGAUUCCUGGUGAUAUUUGUAGAUUUCACAGGAACAGGUGAGAGGAUGCUGUGAUUAAACCAGAAUGAAACUUACUUCCAAAUGUCAUAAGUGUCUCGUAGGUUGUCAGCUCAUUUUAUAGCCUUGUCUUGUGUAUCUAGGUUGUAAAAGUCUUUAUUUGAUGAAUGAUCAAUGCACACUUGGAUUGAAGUUUAGUAGCGACACCUUGUGUACACAGAAAGUCACUCGUCGUUUGUUUUCUUCGUGGCUGGUUUAUUUGAUGCACAAAUUGUUCUGUAAAUAAUAGCAUAUUGCUCUGUUAAGGAGCUUCUUCUCUAAAACAGCCUUCAGGGAGCUUUUUUUUGUAUAAAUGUUAAAGUAGCACUGCUGUACUUUAUAAUUACAUGUCACUUUGACGCUAUUUUGACUGCUUGUUCCUCUGUUUGAGAUUUGAUUUCUGUAUUCAUAAAAUUUUGAUAACAUUGUAUAAUUGUGAUAUUUGUCCUUUUUGAUGGUUCUAUCAGAUAACAUGGUUAACAUAGGGAAUUGAAGCAGUGUAUUCUUACUGAAAGAACAAUGUAUUAACUGUAUAAUGACUCAUGAAUGCAUGAACACACGUUCACUUCUGCAAUACAGAUCAAGUGUCUCAGAACAUUCUGAUUUGGCAGCUAGAGUGUUUCCGUUUUAAAUUAUCUUCAUCGGUUUCCAUAACCUAUCGAACAACAUUUUCUCAGUCCGUGUCAAAAGUUUCCCAUAGGAUGAUACUAUGGGACCCUAAACCGUAGAGACAUGCCCUAUGGAAAAAGUGCAUGUAUUGACUUUGAAGGUAGUAUUUGUUUUUACUUCCAUCUUGCCAGAUUGCAGCAUGCAGAAUCUGGAUUUAGAGGGAGUGUGUCCUUGAAAUGUGUGAUACCUUGGGAUCCUCUCCUCUGCAGUGGCUGCUGCAUGCAGGGCACUUGAUGUGCGUAACCUAGUUGAGAGCACAAUCUUUAGAACAGUCCCUGGUGUGUGGCGAGGGUCUCUGUGUGAUCUAUCCUGAGAUGGGUUCAGUCAUCCUAUUAUAAACAAGUAUGUAGUGACUGAGAAGCCUUGCUCUUAAUCGACCUAUGCAUGCAUGGUAGAGAGCGGUUUGAACCUUGACUGCAAAAGCAAAAGGUGCUGUGAAUGGUCAAGUGGAGAAGCUGAUGUAAGAAAGGAGCUCGGUCUCUGCUUUAGUUUCCAAUUGGUCAUAAAUAUACUACACUUCUAGGCAGGGAAUCAGAGUGCAGUUGAUCUGUAGGUUACAUUUUCGAGAACAAAUUCUGAUUUACACUGAUGGCCUACCAAAAGGCCUCCUGCGGGGAUGGGGGAUUCAAAAUAAUAUAUAGGACAAACACCACUAUAUAAAGUGAGACUUAGGACAACAUAGCAAGGCAGCAACACCCCCACCCCCCCCCAGCUUGUGUAUGUUUUGUGAUGAGUCUGUUGGCACCUGGUCCUUUGUUCUUCCACCCAUAAAGUGUAGCUAGGUGUCGUGUGCCAUCCUGCCAUACUUCUCAGCUGGUUCUGUUGUAAUUAUGCUUGAGAAACACAUGGAAUGAGGCAACACUUAGCUAAGCAUCUAAGGCCAAUUAGCACUUAGCUGUCCUUAUCAUAGCAAGCUGGAACAGCGUGUUGCGUUGAUUCUUGAUUUAACUAUGGCCCACAAAGAAUUCUGAAGCAAAAUUUUACCCUAUGUGAGCUUCUUCCUCAGUGAAGUAACCCAGGUUGCCAUUGGUGAUGUCAGUAACCUGUCUGAACAAGAGCACAGUGAAUGUUGGAAAUUUGAGGAUUAGGAUUUUUAUGGCACUGUAGCCUGAUAGACCAGUCAGCCACACCCUCAACCGUCUCACACCACACAGCCCUUUGUCCCACUGUUGACGGUUGGUAGUUAACCUGCAUUCAUUGAGCCCUAGGGGCAUCCUUUUUCUGUCCCCAUUCUGUUGUGAAUGUGUUCUACACAGUGUACAAAAUAUUAGCAACACCUGCUCUUUCCAUGACAUAGACUGACCAGGUGAAAACUAUGAUUCCUUAUUGAUGUUAAAUCCACUUAAAAUCAGUGUAGAUGAAGGGUAGGAGAUGAGUUAAAGGAUUCUUAAGCCUUGAGACAUGGAUUGUGUAUAUGUGCCAUUCAGAAUAUUUAAGUGCCUUUGAACAGGCGCACCGGACCGAGUCUGUCCAGAACUGCAACACUGCUAGGUUUCACGCUCAAGAGUUUCCUGUGUGUAUCAAGAACGGUCCACCACCCAAAGGACAUCCAGCCAACUUGAUAAAACUGUGGGAGGCAUUGUAGUCAACAUGGGACAGCAUUCCUGUGGAACGCUUUCGACACCAUGUCGAGUACAUGCCCCAACUAAUUCAGGGUGUUCUGAGGGAAAAGCGGGGUGCAACUAAAUAUUAGGAAGGUGUUCCUAAUGUUUUGUACACUGUGUUUAUGGACUUUCUCAAAGAAGUAGAACGUUCCAGAACAUUUCAGAUAGAAAUGUGUUGAGUAGAGCUGCUGCAAUUCUCUAUUUCAUCUGUUCCACUGGAUGUCAUAAGGUGAAUGCACCAAUUUGUAAGUCGCUCUGGAUAAGAGCGUCUGCUAAAUGACUUAAAUGUAAAUGUAUACGGUUGUGAGUUAGCCCGGUCCAAGAUCUUCAGCCAACUCACCUGAUUAUAAUUGUCACAACACAUAAAGAAUAAAGCACUGUGGCUCCCCCGGCGAUGUGACCGAGGAAAGCCACUGUUUGGAGCGUCAGCCACGUCCAACCAGCAUUGUAGGCUGCAGCGCUACACCCACACCUGAGACCACUCAGCCUCCUUAGGCUGCAACGCACCUGGGACAUUUAAGGUGCUGCAGUAGUUCAGCACAGAGAGCUUUACAGACAUUUGUUUGAAGCCCCUGGACAUUGAGUUCUCUACAGGAAGGAGUAACUGGACUACAAGUGAAGCUGGUAAACUUGGUAGCAUCCCAGCUAGUUUCAUUAGUCUAACUUUAGGUUCAGUUAAGGACAGUGUUUUGUUUUCAGUUACAGUUUGAGAACAGUCUUUGUUAACCUUUUAUUUUAAAUAAAUAUGCCUGGUUUAAGCUGUG